UUUACCCGGAUUGCAUGGACAAUCUAGAGACAGAAAACUCCAUACCCUCUUUCUUUCUCUCUCCGUUUGCCAAUUGGAGGAGCCAAAUUACAGGACAGGAUCUAAUAAUCUGUUAUGGUAAUUUAAGCCAGAUCAAAACUCAACAAACAACAAAAUUUGAACAAGUCUUGCUACAAACAUGGGAAGAGAUAAUGCAGACAACUACAGAAACAUUGGAAUAGAUUGCCGAAACUCCUAAUUCAGGCUCAACCAAACUCAUGUUUUCCAUGCAAAGAGAAAUGAAGAGCCCAAAGAAAUCGCUUAAACAUGAGCUUUUCUCCAGCACAUACCAAACCCCCCACCCGCAAAAAAACUUCUCCUUAUAUAAUUUACUUCCGCAAUGGGUAGUAAAUCACAACAUUCCAAUACUUCUACUUUCUCCCAUUUGUCAGCAGAAAAGAUCUUUGUUUUUUGCAGAGAAAAAUUUUCUGUCUUGACAACAUGAAGCCCAUCUUCAAGCUAUUCUUUGGGUUGCUUUUCACUCUCUGCCCAUACACCAUUCUUGCUCACAACAAAGACCUUAAUUUGAUCACCACAGCUUGUGAUCGCACUCUGUACAAAAACCUGUGCAGAGCAGUUUUGUCAAGUCACCCCAAGGCCCGUACGGCCACUGAACUUCGCGUCCUAGCCAGAGUUGCCCUGAAGUACGCACUAGUCAGUGCUAAGCAAGUGGAAACCCAAAUCAGCAAACUGAAGGAUGCAUCUGCAGCCCUCAAAGAUUGCGCUGAGAACUUCCGGAGUGCAAAUCAACAAAUCAGUUACUCCUUCAAGGCCUUGAAAUCUAAGAGUUAUAGUGAUGUUAAUAUAUGGGUGAGUGCUGCCAUGACCGGAGUCGAUUCUUGUGAGGAAGGUUUCAAGGACCUGAAAAGCAACUCCCCAAUUGCUAAAUCAAGCAAGACAUUCAACCAGCUCUGCAGCAUUGUCUUGGCCUUUACCAAUCAACUGAACGGUCACUAA